AUUACUUACUCUAUGAUGUCAACUGUCAAUUCAACAAUCAACUCAUCUGAUCUUGGAAAUUGUGUUGUGGGACGUUUAAAAUCUGCUUUUUACCUAGAAUUUUGCUGUUAGUUGAAAAUUGUACAGGUUAAAAUUCACCACCAUGAACUUAAAAUUGGUUUUAUCGGAGGAGGAAAUAUGUCUACGGCAAUAUUUCGUGGUAUAAUGAAAAGUAAUGGACACCCUCCAUCAGAAAUAUGGGUGUCGGGACCAAAUUUAUCCAAUCUCAAACAUUGGAGUGACUCAGGUGCUCACAUCACCACACGCAAUGAUGAAAUAUUUAAUAACUGUGAUAUAGUUUUUCUAGGUGUAAAACCUGAUAAGCUACAUGUAGCUAUUAGUCAAUGUCAAAAUAAUGCAAAAAAAAAUACUGAGAGAAAUGUCCUCUUUGUAUCGAUGUUGGGUGGCAUCACUAUUAAGACUUUACACCAAGCCUUAAGGACAUUGGAUAAUUAUGCAAAUGUAAGUGUAGUGAGAAUAAUGCCCAACACGCCUAUGGAGGUUGGUACAGGUGUGUGUCUUUACUCUCAUGAUGACAUUGCUACAGAAGAGCAGUGUACUGUGCUAAGAAAGCUAUUAAGCUGUUGCGGGCUCUUUGAAAAUAUUCCUGAAUCUCUUAUGAACUCAUUGGGAAUUCUUACUGCAUGUGGCCCUGCAUUUAUGUAUAUUGUGAUAGAAGCCUUAGCAGAUGGAGCUGUAAAACUUGGUGUUCCAAGAGCAAUGGCUCUACGUCACGCGUCACAAGUGGUAGCGGGCAGUGGUCAGAUGGUAUUGCAGUCUGGAAAACAUCCUGGAUUGCUUAAAGACGAAGUUUGUUCACCAGGUGGCUCUACCAUAUGUGGUGUCAGUGAACUUGAAAAUGGAAGGCUAAGGGCUACAUUAAUAGCGGCUUUGGAGGCAGCAUCUCAAAAAACUAAAAAUGUUGGUGAAAAUAAAAAGUAUGAGUAAACAUUAAAAAACUCAUACUAUAACAAUUUUAGAAUGCUUCACUGAUUUUACAUAGCAUUUAAUUUAUAUGAGUCUCAAGCAUAGGUGGUUCAAAUAAUAUAUCUAUAUAUAUAAAAAUGAAUUGCUGUUCGUUAGUCUCGCUAAAACUCGAGAACGGCUGAACGGAUUUAUCUUAUCUUGGUCUUGAAUUAUUCGUGGAGGUCUAGGGAAGGUUUAAAAGGUGAGAAAAAUUGAAUAAUUGCCGGGAAAAUCCU